AUGCCACCCCGAAUACGAUCGCCAGCCCUCCCAUCCUGCAUCAGCUCCUACACUCCAUCCGCCCGCUUCCAGUGCCCCCAUCAUCCCAGCCCCCAGACCCGCCCCUUCUCCAACUCCACCCCUCGCGCAUCCCGCCUCCGCCGCCGCAUGUUCGCCUGGCUCCAAGGCCCCGGCCGCGCCUUCAAAGAGCCGCUCCCAGGCUCAACAAACUACCUAGGCGCCUACGACAGAUCAGGCGCCCUGAUCCGCGGGCGUGGUCUCGAGCGGCGCGCCCAGGGCCAGCGGGAAGAAGGCAAGCACGCCAGCGACGGCGCCGAGGACGAGGCUGUGGGCGUGGAUGCGCUAAGCGAAGAGAAGGAGAGGCUGGAGAGGGAGGCCAAGGAGAAGAGGGAGGGGGAACUGCCGCCGGAGACGCUGGAGGAUCUGAGGCCGUUCCCGCUCAAUAGGGAGUUUAGGAGCCAGGCGGUGCUGAGUGAGGAGUUGAGGGAGGCGAUUUGGGAGAGGGUUGUUAAGGGCGGAGAGAGUGUUAGGGGGGUUAGUGCUGCGCUGGGGGUGGCGAUGGAGAGGGUUGCGGCGGUGGUUAGGCUCAAAGAGGUGGAGAGGGAGUGGGUGAAGAAAAACAAGCCCCUCGCCCUUCCCUAUGCCCGCGCCGUCCUCGCCAUGCUCCCCCAAACCCCCCUCGACACGCGCAUCAAGCCGCGCGCGCACGAAUCCAUCAACGACCUACCCGUGCACCAAGCCACAACAACGCAGCUCUUCCACCCCGUCUCCGAGUCCCGGCAUUUCACCCGCGUGGACGCCGGUCUAGUCUUCGACUCCCGCCUCCCGCUCCUUCCCGCCGACGCGCGCAUCCCGCACCCAGAGCUCGUGGCGCAGGCAAGUAUGACGCGGACGCAGGCCGUGGAGGCGCAGAAGGCGCUGGACGAGAAGGAGAAGGAGGAGAGGAAGCAAAGAGAGGAGAAGAGGAAGAAGAGGGAGGCGAGGGAUAAGGUUGUCCAGGGACGGAGGUGGGAUUUUGUGUUCCACGAGGUUAGUGUUGAGAGUGUUGGGGAGGAUGGAAGGAGUGCGAGGGGCGUGGGGUGGAGGUAUGGGUUCCCGCAUGAGGAUAGGAAGAGGGGGCAGGUUAAAAUCCCGAGGAGGGUGGAGGCGUAG